GGUUGCUACCAAAAACUACUAUAAAUACACUAUUCAUUGCAAUGCAUUAUAUAUCACAAACCCAUAAGAAUUGCAGAAAGAAAGAAAAAGCACACAAAUAGUCAUACAUAUUGAAGGAUCAAAAAGGCAAACAAAAUGUCUGAUGAAUGCCAAGGUAAGAGUUCAUGGCCAGAGUUGGUUGGAGUGGAAGGAAAGGUAGCAGAAGCUACAAUUCAAAGAGAGAAUCCAUUGGUGGAUGCCAUCAUUGUGCCAGAAGGAUCUUCUGUCCCCUUUGACUUCCGCUGUGACAGGGUUUGGGUUUGGAUUAAUAAAGAUGAAAUUGUCUACCAGGUUCCAACAAUUGGAUAGAAAGUGUCUCUAUACUCAUCAUGGAAUUUAACUUGUAUACAUGCUCCAAGUUAUAAAUUUAAUGUUUCAAUAAGGAGCUAUAGUUUCUUUCCAAUUGUAUUCUACUAUGUGUUAUUUAAACAUACAUGUUCUGCAUUGUAAAUGCAUAUAUAAAUAAUUUGUUUUUCAUUUUCUUUGCCAAGGAAAUAUAUAUGACAUUGUACUAAUAUUGUCCAAUAAUAUAUAAUUUGAUUCAUUUCA